UCAUUCAAUAAAGAGGUAGCCGAAAAACAAAAGUUGAUCUAAAAACAAACCCGAUUCUUGACUUUUUUUUUACGAAUCCGAAUCAUCGAUGGUGCAUCCGAAGCGUGGCCAUUGGUUUUUCAAAUUCAGAAUUGUCUAAGUGCUCUCGCGUAAUCCCCUCUCUUUUGCUCCUCUUCUCUUUCAAAUUCUCUUCCUUUUUUUGUUCCAGUAUUUUCCCGAGAAAAAGGAGAGAAAACCCACGAAUUUUCCUUCUUCACACCCACUUUUUCUCCACUUUGAUCGGCUGCAACCACAUAUUCUCUUUUUAACUUUUCCCACCAAACUUGUCUUUAAUUUUUUUUUUCUGGGUCUCCUUUUUUUGAAUGAAGGUCCGUAAGGGAACAAGAGAGAUGAUUGCGAAAGAGCACGAAUACAAAAUACGACAUCGAGGCGUUGUUGUAGAAAUGGCUUGGGUUUUGCUUUGCGUUGAUUAUUCCAGGCUCUUUUGGUUGCUCUUCGGCGUCUUCACCUACGAGAAUCACGAAGGGAAACCUAGGAUUUUCUAGCACCCUUCUCUUCUCUCCCUCUCUCUCUCUCUCUCUCUCCUUCUCUUCUUCUCUCCCAGUCUCUUGUUUGUCUGUUUCUAUUUUCUUCUUCAUCGCGAUCUUGCUUUCCCCCGAUUUCGAUUUCGGAUUUUCUUUCUUUCGCUGUUGUAAAAUUUUCCGCCAAUUUUGGAGAUUCUGAUAGAUCCGUGUACGGAGUCAUGUAUAUGGACCUUUCUUCCGCCGGAGCUUCCAAUGAAUCGACCCCUUACGUCGAGUCUGAUCCUUCCGGUCGCUAUGGGCGUUUCAGAGAAGUACUUGGCAAAGGAGCAAUGAAGACGGUUUACAAAGCAUUUGACCAAGUUCUAGGAAUGGAGGUCGCAUGGAAUCAGGUUAAGCUCAAUGAGAUCUUCCGAUCACCUGAGCCUUUACAACGUCUCUACUCCGAGGUUCAUCUCCUCAAGAAUCUCAAUCACGAAUCUAUUAUCCGCUACUGCACUUCUUGGAUCGACGUCAACCGCAGAACAUUCAACUUCAUCACUGAGCUGUUCACAUCAGGCACCCUUAGAGAGUAUCGGAGGAAGUAUCAAAAGGUUGAUAUCCGGGCAAUCAAGAGCUGGUCAUGCCAGAUCUUGAAUGGGCUUGCUUACCUGCACGGACAUGAUCCUCCUGUCAUUCACAGAGACCUCAAAUGCGAUAAUAUCUUUGUUAAUGGUCACCUUGGACAAGUCAAGAUUGGUGACCUGGGCUUAGCCGCAAUUCUCCGUGGAUCACAACAUGCUCACAGCGUCAUAGGAACGCCUGAAUUUAUGGCACCAGAGCUAUAUGAAGAGGAUUACAACGAGCUUGUGGACAUUUAUUCAUUUGGAAUGUGCGUCUUAGAGAUGCUUACCGGUGAAUAUCCUUACAGUGAAUGUUCCAACCCUGCACAAAUAUACAAGAAAGUUACGUCGGGGAAGUUGCCUGAAUCUUUCCAUCGAAUCCAAAACAUGGAGGCCCAACUUUUUGUUGGUAAAUGCCUGGAAACUGUUUCAAAGCGAUUGUCUGCGAAGGAGCUCUUGGGGGACACAUUCCUCGCCACAACUGAUGAGAGAGAUUUAGCGCCUCUUUAUAGAUUGCCGCCACAACUGGCCAUUCAGAAUUUGGCUGCAAAUGGAACGGUGGUAGAGCAUCUGCCUUCAACGACUGAUCCAACUAGAACGACAGAUAUGUCGAUAACAGGAAGGAUGAACUCAGAAGACCACACCAUCUUUCUUCAAGUGCAGAUUUCAGAUGGUGAUGCAGGUCACAUGAGGAACAUUCACUUCCCGUUCAGCAUUGUAAGCGACACACCUCUUGAAGUAGCUUUGGAGAUGGUGAAAGAGCUUGAUAUCACUGAUUGGGAUCCUUUGGAGAUCGCUGCAAUGAUAGAAAAUGAGAUAUCUUUGCUCGUCCCAAACUGGAGAGCCCAUGACUCUUCUCUCCCGCACCACAGCUUUGGUCAUGAAGAUGAUGACUACAGUGGCGAGGGAGGAGGAGGAGGAACACGCCCUUUCUCCUCUGCUUCUUCCUCUCACGACUCUCAUGUAGCAGUUAGAGACAACAACGACGGUUUUGGCAACGAUACGAUCCGAGGUAACGAUGGUGGCGGUAGUAGAAGCUCUAACGCUUAUUUGGAUUCUUCAGCAUACCAUUACUCUUCUGCCAUAGAUGAUGAUGAUGAUGAUGAUCAAAGUCGGAAACAGAGGAGACGUCUAAGGCUACAGAAAAUGAGAUCGCUAGUGGACACGAGAACUCAGGUACUGCACCGAUCGCUCAUGGAGUUGAUCAACAGACGGCGUGGCCGUGCCCAUGUUAAGAAAGAAGAAACACUCGCCUACGGGCCUUUGUGAAUAUUAAAUUUUUUUUUUUGAGAUAUAUUUUGAAAUUGAAAUUUAGUUAUCAUGAUAAAGUUAUUCCAAACUAUUAGACAUAAAUCCAAUUCAACAUAUUUAAAACAUCCUUCGGA